AUGGCGAGUUUCAUCCAGCAUCCUUUGACCACCGGAUGGUCCUUCACAGAUAGCAACGAACAGGCAUCUGAUACUUGGAUGUCUGUUGCUAGCGUGCCGUCUGUCGUUCAUCAGGACCUACAGGCGAAUGGAAGAUUGCAAGACCCUUACAUUGGCUUCAAUGAGCUCGAGGCAAGAUGGGUCAAUGAGAAGUCAUGGUCUUACAGAAAUGUAUUCCAGAAGCCGACCGUCCCUGCUGGAUCCAGGGUCGUUCUGGCGUUCGACGGCUUGGAUACUUUUGCUACGGUGAGACUGGACGAUAAGAUCAUUCUUGAGAGCAACAACAUGUUCCUAGCACAUCGCGUUGACGUCACCGAAGCCCUGGAGGCCGAGGGUGAUCAUGUGCUUCUUAUUGACUUUGAUUGUGCCAUGCUGCGAGCCAAGGAGCUCCGCAAGCAGGACCCCAAGCACAACUGGGCUUCCUUCAACGGUGAUCCGGCCCGACUAGCCGUUCGUAAGGCUCAGUAUCACUGGGGCUGGGACUGGGGCCCAGUGCUGAUGACUGCGGGCAUCUGGCGAGACGUUCGGCUGGAAGUAUACUCUGCCAGAAUAGCGGACCUCUGGACAGACGUAGAUCUUGCUGCGGAUCAUCAGCAUGCGCGGGUUGAUGCCUACGCCGAGGUUGAUGCCACAGAGGACUUCUUCUUCCGAGCCAUCUUCACCUUGAGUAAAGAUGGUAAGGAGAUUGCUCGGCAGGUCACCACGCCAGACAACAAGGUCGCCAAAGUGACAUUUGAUGUUGAUCAACCAAGCCUCUGGUGGCCAAAUGGUUACGGAGACCCAAAUCUGUACGAGGUCUCUGUCUUCUUGGAAAAAGAUCAGAUUGAGCUGCACCAUGUCUCGCAAAAGAUCGGCAUCAGAACAGCAGAGGUCGUUCAGCGGCCAGACAAGCACGGCAAGUCGUUCUUCUUCCGGAUCAACGGAGUCGACGUCUUUUGUGGUGGCUCGUGCUGGAUUCCCGCAGACAACCUCUUGCCCAGCAUCACCCGUGAGCGCUAUCGGAGCUGGAUUGAACUUAUGGUCGCUGGUCGCCAAGUUAUGAUUCGGGUUUGGGGCGGCGGUAUCUACGAAGACAACAAUUUCUACGAAGCAUGCGACGAACUUGGGGUGCUUGUAUGGCAGGACUUCAUGUUCGGCUGUGGCAACUACCCGACCUGGCCCGAGCUGCUUGAGUCGAUCGAAAGAGAAGCUGUCUAUAAUGUGCGCCGGCUGCGGCAUCAUCCGUCUAUUGUGCUUUAUGCUGGAAAUAAUGAGGACUAUCAAGUACAAGAGUCGGCAGGUCUGACCUAUGACUUCGAGGACAAGAACCCCGAGAAUUGGUUGAAGACGGACUUUCCGGCUAGGUACAUAUACGAGAAACUGCUUCCGGAGGUGAUGGAUAAACACUCUCCACGGACAUUCUAUCAUCCAGGAAGCCCAUGGGGAGAUGGCAAGAAGACGUCCGAUCCGACGGUAGGAGACAUGCAUCAGUGGAAUGUCUGGCAUGGAACGCAAGAGAAGUACCAGAUCUUCGAUACCCUCGGCGGACGAUUCAACAGUGAGUUUGGCAUGGAAGCAUUCCCUCACCUCUCAACCAUCAACCACUUUGUCGAGCACGAGAAGGACAAGUACCCGCAGUCGCACGUUCUCGACUUCCACAACAAAGCCGACGGACACGAACGGCGUAUCGCUACAUACCUGGUGGAAAACCUGAAGACAGCUACAGACUUGGAGACCUACACUUAUCUCACGCAAGUCGUCCAAGCCGAGACCAUGAUGUUCGGGUAUCGAGGGUGGCGUCGGCAGUGGGGCGAUGAGAGGCACUGCGGCGGUGCUUUGCUCUGGCAACUCAACGAUUGCUGGCCGACCAUUUCAUGGGCUAUUGUGGACUACUUCCUGCGACCCAAGCCGGCAUUCUACGCUGUCGCGCGCGUAUUAGCUCCGUUGGCGGUGGGCAUCCGACGCGAACAUCACGAUUGGAGCGUUACGCAUGCACAGCCUCCGAAGACGAGCAAGUUUGAGCUCUGGGUUGUUAGCUCUGUUCAAGAGGAAAGGACAGGGACGGUGGAACUCAGAUUCCUCUCCAUCAACGAUGGGCAGGAGGUCAGGGAAAACGUGGUCCACGAGAACAUCACCAUCCAGCCGAAUGGCACCACCAAUCUUAUCGUGGACGGUCUGAUUGAUUAUAAGGAGUAUCCCGAGCCACACGUGCUGGCUGCCCGCUUGUGGGUAGACGGGCAGAUUGUGGCGAGGGAUGUGGACUGGCCUCAGCCGUUCAAGUACCUCGAUUUUUCAGAACGGGGACUUGUGGUGGAGAAGGUUUCCGAGACGGCUGAGCAGCAGACCUUGAAGAUCCGCGCGCAGAAGCCGGUGAAGUGCUUGGUGUUUGAGGAGAGGGAUGGGGUCAAGAUCAGCGACAGCGCUAUGGACAUUAUGCCCGGUGAUGAUCAGACUGUCACGGUCCGGGGAUUCAAGGCGGGUGACUCGCUGAAGUACAAGUAUCUUGAUCACUGA